AUGGAUGGGCGGAGUGAGCUCUUCUCAGUGUGUUCUGCGGGAGCCCAAGUACAGAGACCAUAUUUACAGGUCCAUGUGACAGCUAUGAGUGGAAUUUUAAAGGGGACGUUGGAAGAAGCUGACAGCGCCUCACCCUGCUCUUCUGUGCAGGAAUCAGAUGAUGACGUUUUUAGCUGUUACAGUGCUGAGAGUCUUGAUAGUGUCAGUCUGUCCACACCUGAUCAUUUACCCGAAAAAAUAAGAGGAUAUCAACAGACUGAAAGAAUAUUUUCAGAAGCAUAGACUCUUCGGAGGAUACUGCAGUUGAUGAGAUCUCAAGGUACAUGUGACAACGCCGCAGCUAUGAGUGGAAUUUUAAAGAGGAAGUUCGAAGAUGUGGACGCCUCCUCACCCUGUUCCUCUGCUCGGGAAUCGGAUGACGACAUCUCCAGCAGCGAAAGUGCUGACAGCGGGGAUAGCGUCAAUCCAUCCACCUCAAACCACUUCACCCCUGCCUCUAUCCUCAAAAGGGAGAAAAGGCUGAGGACGAAGAAUGUGCACUUCAGCUGUGUCACCGUAUACUACUUCACCAGGAGACAGGGCUUCACCAGUGUGCCCAGCCAAGGUGGCAGCACUCUGGGGAUGUCCAGCCGUCACAACAGCGUGCGUCAGUACACCCUGGGCGAGUUUGCAAGAGAACAGGACCGGCUGCACCGGGAGAUGCUGAGAGAACACCUCAGGGAGGAGAAGCUCAACUCUCUAAAACUAAAGAUGACUAAGAAUGGCACUGUAGAAUCUGAGGAAGCCAGCACUCUGACCGUGGAUGACAUUUCCGAUGACGAUAUUGAUUUAGACAACACAGAAGUAGACGAGUACUUCUUCCUGCAACCCCUGCCCACUAAAAAGCGGAGAGCUCUGCUGCGAGCCUCGGGAGUAAAGAAGAUCGACGUUGAGGAAAAACACGAGCUGCGGGCCAUCCGACUGUCUCGGGAGGACUGCGGCUGUGACUGCAGAGUGUUCUGUGAUCCAGAAACGUGUACCUGUAGCCUGGCAGGCAUUAAAUGUCAGGUGGAUCGUAUGUCUUUCCCAUGUGGCUGCACUAAAGAAGGCUGUAGUAACACAGCAGGUAGAAUUGAAUUUAAUCCUAUCCGUGUCCGGACUCAUUUUUUGCACACAAUAAUGAAACUUGAACUGGAGAAGAGCCGAGAGCAGCAAACCCCCACGCUGAACGGCUGCCACGGGGAGAUAAGCACCCACGGUCCUUCCAUGGGCCCUGUCGCUCAUUCUGUAGACUACUCCAUCGCAGACAAUUUCGAGAUUGAAACCGAACCCCAGGCUGCCGUGCUGCACCUACAGGAGGAACUGGAUUGCCAAGGAGACGAGGAGGAAGAGGAGGAAGAUGGAAGCAGUUUCUGCAGUGGAGCUACUGACUCUAGCACCCAAAGCCUGGCCCCCAGUGAAUCAGAUGAGGAAGAGGAGGAGGAAGAAGAAGAAGAGGAAGAGGAGGAGGAAGAUGAUGACGACGACAAAGGAGACGGCUUUGUAGAAGGGCUUGGAGCCCAUACUGAAGUCGUCCCCCUUCCUUCUGUCCUUUGUUACUCUGAUGGCACCGCAGUUCAUGAAAGCCACGCAAAAAAUGCUUCAUUUUACGCUAGCUCUUCAACUCUGUACUACCAAAUAGAUAGCCACAUCCCAGGAACUCCUAGCCAGCUUUCUGACAACUAUUCUGAAAGAGAUACUGUCAAAAACGGUGCCCUUUCGCUGGUGCCUUACGCCAUGACACCGGAGCGAUUUGUUGACUAUGCCAGGCAAGCGGAAGAGGCCUACGGGGCCUCCCACUACCCAGCUGCCAAUCCGUCUGUCAUCGUUUGCUGCCCCACCUCUGAAAACGAUAGUGGGGUGCCCUGUAACCCCUUAUAUCCUGAACACAGGUCCAAUCUUCCCCAAGUGGAAUUUCACUCAUACUUGAAAGGCCCUUCCCAGGAAGGGUUCGUCUCCACCUUGAAUGGCGACAGCCACAUCUCCGAGCAUCCUGCAGAAAAUCCUUUGAGCCUUGCAGAAAAGAGCAGAUUGCAUGAGGAGUGCAUUCAAUCUCCCGUGGUGGAAACGGUCCCCGUUUAGUUGCUUCAAGUAUUCUAUUACAGGACCAAGUCUUCUGUUUAAGGCUUUGUUCUGCCUUUGCUGGGCUCAUCGUUGUUUAAACCUGAAGACCAAGAAUAUGUGGACUGUGAUUAAUCUUCCAGACAGUAUUUCCUUCCUUCCUUUCUAGCUUCCCAACUGUGGCGUGGCACAAAUACAGUCGCUAUGGGGAUUUUAAACGAUUCUGAGCUGUUUUGAUAGAAAAUGCUAAAUUUAAAAAAAAAAUGCAUAUCUCACAGUUGCCUACCUGUCAAACUGUGUGAAACCUGCCAAGCUAUGCAGAUCAUAGCUCCAAGUUUUAGAUUACCGGGCCUGUGCAAGAUUGUUAACUAAGACUAGAAAACAAGCAGAUUUAGAGUCCUAAUUUUUCGAUAUAUCUGAAGAUGACGGUGACUUUUUAAUGUAAAAGUAAUUAUUGUAAGAAAAAAAAGAUUGAAUCGU